AUGGGAUCCAGCUGUCCCCUGCUUGCCUGCUGCUGCCUCCUCCUCCUCUUCCUCCUGGCGUCCCUCCCAACCCAUGCAGCCAUCCUGGAAAUGAACGGCAACCUGAGCUGCAGGUGCGUCAAGACGACCUCGGAGUACAUCAGCCCCAAGCGGUACGAGAGCCUCGAGAUCCGGCCCGUGGGCAGCACCUGCAGGCGCACGGAGAUCAUAAUCAAGUUAAGAACCUCCUCCAAGGUGUGUGUGAAUCCUGAGGCGCUUUGGGUGAAGAAGCUCCUCAAGCGGAUCGCUGGCACGAAGAAAAAGUGA